UGUGUUUUUUUGGAUUAUCCUUGUUUUUUCGUUUGACUUUUGAAAUGAUGAGCUAUAUUUCGAGAAAUUCUUCUUUAGCAAGAAUCUUACACUCUGUACGUUUUGUAAACACUUCAAGUUCGAAGUCACCUGUUGAAAACGAUGUUUUGACAAUUGUUUCUGAAAACAAUGGAGUUCUAAAAAUUCAGCUUAACAGACCGAAAACAAGGAACCCUCUUUCCAUGGCAAUAAUGGAAUCGAUUCUUAAUGGAAUAACUAAAAACGUAAGUGAUGAAGCACUGCGUUGUAUUGUCAUUUCAUCAACCGGUCCCGUUUAUUCCGCUGGUCAUAAUUUAAAUAAAUUGAAACCUGAAAAAGGUCCUGAUUGUCAACGUGAAGUCUUCGAUAAAUGUGCAGAGUUGAUUCAUAAAAUACCAAAAGCUCCUGUGCUAAUCAUAGCUAAAGUCGAUGUCUUAGCGGCUGCAGCAGGUUUUGUUAUGCCUCGAAUGAAGUCAUCUUAUAUGCUUUUCACAGGAUUUUCAAUAAGUGCCAAAGACGCUUAUAUAUCAGGGCUGGUGAGUGCAGUAUGCUAAAAUGAUAAGCUAGUUGAAGAA